UCUAGCAGCUAAAAAACUUAUCAUGGCAAUCACAACACAACACAAAUGCAUUUGUUUCAUCUUCGUUUUCGGGGCUUUGGCUUCACUUGCCAUAGCUCGUACUCUCCAAGACGCGUCUAUGUACGAGAAGCAUGAACAAUGGAUGACUCGAUAUGGCCGUGUAUAUAAAGAUGCUAACGAGAAGGAGAUUCGUUACAAGAUCUUCAAAGAAAAUGUUGAGCUAAUUGAUUCCCUUAACAACGCUGCAAACAAGCCAUACAAGCUGGGGAUAAAUCAGUUUGCUGAUCUUACUAAUGAAGAAUUUAAAACCUCAAGAAACAGAUUUAAGGGUCAUAUGUGUUCUGCACAAGCUGGUCCUUUCAGAUAUGAAAAUGUGUCUGCUGUUCCAUCUACCAUGGACUGGAGAAAGAAGGGAGCUGUUACACCCAUCAAGGAUCAAGGCCAGUGCGGAUCUUGCUGGGCAUUUUCGGCAGUACAAGCAGUAGAAGGAAUUACUCAGCUAUCAACUGGUAAGUUGAUCUCACUUUCCGAGCAAGAACUUGUGGAUUGCGACGUUAAGGGAGUUGAUCAAGGCUGCGAAGGUGGUCUAAUGGAUGAUGCCUUCAAAUUCAUUCUCCAAAAUAAAGGCUUAACCACUGAGACUAACUAUCCAUACGACGGAACUGAUGGAACAUGCAGUACAAAGAAGGAAUCGAACCCCGCAGCUACUAUAACUGGUUUUGAAGACGUACCCGCCAAUAGUGAGGCAGCACUGAUGAAGGCAGUUGCAAUGCAGCCAGUUUCUGUUGCCAUCGAUGCCAGUGGCUCUGAUUUUCAGUUCUACUCGAGUGGAGUUUUUACGGGAGAAUGUGGAACGGAACUAGACCAUGGUGUUGGAGCUGUUGGGUACGGAGAAAGCAACGGAAUGAAGUAUUGGCUAGUGAAGAACUCUUGGGGAACAGAAUGGGGUGAAGAAGGGUACAUAAGGAUGCAGAAAGAUAUUGAUGCAGAGGAAGGACUUUGCGGAAUUGCGAUGCAGGCAUCUUAUCCCACUGCAUGAACCUCAGGAUCCCAGAACAAGCAAUAUAAUUAGUACAUGUAUAAAAAUAUGUAUAUCUCCUUGGUUUAGUAUUUACAAUUAUGUAUCCUAUGUCUGAAUUAUCGCAGCUAGAAAGUGUACAGUCCUCGUAUCGUAUACGAGUUUG